UGGAAUGGCGGGUCCUUUUUUAUCUCCAAUGCCAAGUGAUCUUUUGACGGAAUACAUGUUCGGUAGGCGCCGCCAGCGUCGGAAUCGUACUACGUUUACUCCCCAACAGCUCCAAGAACUAGAGCAGCUCUUUCAAAAAACCCAUUACCCGGAUGUUUUCUUGCGCGAAGAGGUUGCAUUGCGAAUAAGUCUAAGUGAAGCACGCGUUCAGGUUUGGUUUCAGAACAGACGGGCCAAAUGGAGAAAGCAAGCUCGUCUCCAACUUUUACAAGAUGCUUGGCGAAUGCGUUGCUUGGGUAUUAGUAAUUCCCAGAUUUUGAUAGAACCUGAAAUCAACUCAAACAGUAUCGAUAAUAACAACAUCACAGAAAUAACCAAAUCUCCACAAUCCUGUGCAGCAGCGGAAAAUUCGACAAAUAUAGUAUCCAACGAAACUGAGAUUGUUCUCAUGCACCCUGCAUUUCAAAAUGCAAACCUAAAUAAACCUUAUUGUAACUAUAUUAGCGCAAGCCAUGAUAUUGCAAAAAAGUGUAGUAAAACUGUUGACGAGACGGUUCCCACCAACAGGCGCCUAUCAAAUCGUCGUAAUUUGCAAGUUAAUCAUUAUGAAGAAACGCAUGCAACAUCCUGUUCAACAUUACAGCAACCAUUAACGAAUAUGCAUCAGGAUGAUUCUGUUACGAGCGAUACUUCGGAUGUGUCUGAAGAAAUCGAUAUGACUACGAGUACCGAAUGUAUCGAUUAUUCUUGCCCAAACUCAAAUAAAAUUAGUAAACUAUAAACAUCAACAAAUAAAGAACACAGAAGGCAUGAUUUUUGUAAUUUAUAACAGUUUGCUACAAGAGUUGAAAUUAGAUUGAUAUAGCAAGACUGAAUAAUGUGUGGUUUACAAAUAAACAUGGUGAAUUUAUCGUUUGAAGCGUAUUUACUUUCAUCGUUACACAAAAGCGUUGUUGAUUAAUAUAUCCUGAUGACGCAAUCUACUUUUCUGUUAACCAUCUUACCAUUUGCAUAUGAUGUGCGCUUAAGA